AUGUCUAACUAUGGCAUGCCUGGCGGCGGCGGCGCUGCUGGUGCUGGUGCUGGCGACUCUGACGCAAACCCAAAGUUUGAAUCGCUGCUCGCGCAGCUCCGCCUCCAGUCCUCGCCCAGUCCCGGCCCGACCGCAGGUUCUGCGCCCGAAUAUUCUGGUCCGUUCAACUACCACCACGGCAACCAGCCCUUCUACGGCCAUCACUCCAACUCCGACUCGCCCAACCUACCGAACCAUGCUCAGAGCGCCAUGGAUUCGCCCGCGUUUCUGCCCGAAGCUCCCACACCGCCCGCCGGUUUUGGCCAUUCCCAGUUUCCUCCGGGCAUGAUGAAUCAGAUGGGUGCCGCUCGCGGCGGCGGAGCGGUGGGCGGAGAUGGCCGGACCACGCAUUUGUUGAACCUACUCAAGUUCAGCGGUCAGAGUGGCUCUACGAACCCUCACCAGCCGUCAUCCCGAGAGCCUUCAAUGAAUUUUGCGCCGCUGCCAGCCACAACCAAUGUCAUCCACGCGCCCGCUCCGGCCGCCGCCGAUCCCACAGGCUUGCUCGCCGCCCUUAUGAAGGGUAACCUACAGCCCGAUUCCGGCAAGCCCGAGCCCAGCCCGCCGUCCUGGAACCAGACCGAGCCUCCGUCAGGCACGCAGCAAUAUCUUCUCAAUCUCCUUAACCGGCCAAAACCCAGCCAGCACGAUGGAGCGGACCCGACAGAAGCCGACUUGCUGACCCCGCCCCCUGCUACCGAUGACCUAAAGGACAACGAGAGUUCGCACGGUGGCCGCUCCGCCGAGCCGACCCUUGUGGGCACCUUGGCCUCGCGUUCCGAGUUCGAUUUUGAGCCUAAAAGCACCGAAUCUCCGCCUCCCAAAUUUGAUUCGACCCCGCAUUCCCAGCACUCGCAGCAGUCCAGCUCGAGGCAGCACGGUAUCCUUGGCUACUCGGAUCAUUUCGACCGCCUCUCAGCGUCGUCCCCGAUCCAUCGGACACCGAAGUCUUCGACCACACCCGGAGCUUCUGGUUCGGCUGUCGGCGGCGGCCACCCGGCGCCUGCUCCGACUCAAAUCCUCAAGAGCCAGGAUCCGAUUCAAUCAUCGUCGCAUGAACAGAAGCGUCCACCCAGCGACCGCGGCGUAAUCGACAGCCCCGAGCACAACAGGCGCAAACUUGAGCACCCCGUCUCCCCACUGUCGCAGACCCACGCCACCUGGCCCACCGGAAACACCGUGUCGCCCCCAUCAAACCUCGCCGGGCCUUCGCCCCAUGCAGCUCCCAGUAUCGGUCGGGACCCCGGCGAAGAGAAGAAGGAGAGUGUGACGGACGCCGUCGGCGGGCUUGCCGAGCAGGCCGACCGAGAAGCCAGGGAGGCGUUGGCCCGGGCUGAACAAGAGCAGGUUGAGUUUGACACGACCCAUAACCCAGAGCACACGGCGAGCGGUGGAAAUGGGGAAGGGUCCUCCCACUCGGCUCAAACCGCCUCCCUAGCUGCCAAUAAGGAGCGCGCUGAGGAGGAGGAUAAGGCCUUCCUCGACUCCUCACUGGCGCAAGACUUUGCCCAGGAAUCCAGGGACAGCGGGGAUGACACAGCACCAGCAACUCAGGGCGCCGUCGCAGAUAGCUGGGAGAGCGCCGAGGCCGAAGAGAUCGUGGUGAUCGAGGAGACGGCCGCCCCUGUGAAGGUGUACAACUUCCCCAUGAAGCCCUGGAUUACCAUCAGCCUGCAAGAGAUCGACGAGUCUCGCCCGGUGUUCCGCGAAGAGGCUAUCCUCGACAUCGCGCGCCUCAAGAAAGAAUUUGAUCAAAUUGACCGCAACCUGGUCUCAGCCUCCGAGACCUACAUGGCCUAUGGUAUGUCCAAGGCUGGCGGUCUACGGAUAAUCAGACAAGAGGACGGCAAAGAUGCCAAGCUCUUCACCGACACCAAAGAUCGUAUCUUCAAUGUUGCCAUCUCGACAUCAGCCUCCCACCACCACCCGAAGGAGGCUAUCAUCGGCACCGGCGUCAGCGGAACGGUAUACUGGGUCCAGCUCAAAAACGGCGACCGGGACCACCUAGAGGAUGCGCACCCGGAGCAAUAUGGCUUUGCACUUCCUCCGAUCUCGGCUCAGGAGGGUGGCGAUGCUCCUGGCGGCGUUCUCAAGACACGCGCUCGGCCCUCUGCCAUGCACCCCGACUUUUUCGCCGUUGGCAGGGGCAAAUCAAUCAACAUCAUCUGGCCGGCUUUUGUGUUUGAGAACGACCUCUUUAAGAACGGGCACGACCGCGUUGUCGAUACCGAGAAGCUCCUGAAGCAAUGUUCGCUGAAGAUCAACACCGGUAAGGCUGGUAAGGACUUCACCUUCAGCCAGGACGAUACCCUCGUUGUCUCGUUAGACAAGUCCGGGCGGGUCAAGUUCUGGGAUGUCCGCGACUUAACCGCCACCAAGGAGGGCUCGGACCCUCUGCACCCAAUGCCGGCGCGGACAUCGCUGGAGAUCAAGGAGCCGCUCAUGACCCUGACUACCACACCCGAGGGUGAAAAAGCGUGGCCUACGUCAGUGUUGCUGCUGGAUAAGUUCCGACCGUACCAGAAGCGUGCCGCCUUGAGGUACAUGAUUGUGGGCAUGAAGCAGAACCACACCCUCCAGCUUUGGGAUCUCGCGCUAGGCAAGCCAGUGCAGGAGUUCAACUUCCCGCACAACAAAGAGUCCGACGCUGUAUGCAGCGUGAUGUACCAUGCACCUUCCAGCAUGAUUAUCGUCGGGCAUCCUACCCGCAACUCGGUUUACUUCCUCCAUCUCUCGGCUCCCAAAUACUCGCUGAAGAACCUAUCCCAAGUCGACUACAUCCAGCGACUCGUCGCUCAGGAUUCGUCAAUCCCGCAACCUGAGUCAACUGCCGUUAUUAGUGGUAUUCGGGAGUACUCAUUUGCCAACAAGGGCGUGCUUCGCAGCCUCAACAUCCUCGAAAACCCCGCAGCCUCCGGCGAUGGGGACGAGCCAACUCUCUUCGAGCUGUAUGCCAUGCAUUCCAAGGGUGUCACUUGCUUGUUCAUCAAGCAGUCUGAGCUGGGUUGGACGAAGGAUAACAAGGUACUUGCUUCCGCCGAUGCUGUGGAAACUGGUCUGGCCAAGAUCUCAAAGCUGGUGGCCCCGCCUCCGCCCCAAGCCGCUGAGGCGCCGCACACCAGCAUGCCUGGCGAUGCUAUCGCAACCCCGCAGAUUCGGAUUGCCACACGCGGUGCUAAGGACGUCGUGCCUAAGAUCACGUCGCCCCAAGUCGACGAGAAAAAGGGCUCAGAGUCCAUGACUCCGCCGAAGUUUGAGCGAAAGGACGAGGUUGAAACACCCGGGCCUGCCCCAGAGAAGAAUGAAAAGAAAGGCCGAAGGAAGAAGCCCACAGCCGCCGCCGCCGCAGCGGCGGCUGGCGACCACCAGGCUUCAAAUGGCACUGUAGAGAUCAAUAGGGCGAUUGCUCAAACCAAGGGCAACAAACCUGGCCGCCAUGCCGAUGCGACUUCAGAGGCAACAUCAAGCAAACCCUCUGCCGAUCUCUCAUUCACUUCCAAUACAGCAUUCCAGGAGCAACUUGACGCUGUGGUUGGCAAAAUGGAGUCGCGCAUUGUUUCCAACCUCUCAGGGCGCUUCGACGCUGUCUUCAACGAGAUCAUGAAGCAAAUACAAAGUUUUCAGGACAACCGCGACUCGGCUUUCGCCAGCAGUCAGUCGGCGUUGCUGCAGAUGGUCGCAGACGUCCUCAAUGACAACACCGAGGCGGUCCUAAAGAACCUGAUCAUCACCCAGAUCAACAACAGCGUCAUCCCAUCCGUCCAAAGCACUAUCGACAACUCGGUUUCCGAGCAGCUGAGAACCAACUCAACUGCCCAAGUCAAUGCUGUGCAAAGGGAAAUCCAAAGCCUCCUUCCUAACGCUGUUAACCAGGCCAUGCUGAAGCCUGACUUCAUCAAGCCAGUUUCGGACAAGGUCUCGCACAACGUCAAUGCCCAAGUGGAAAACCAAAUUGCCAAGUCGCUCAGUACCCUCACGCCUGCCAUUGCCAAUGCAACGGCGCAAACUGUACAUCAGCGCAUUGUUGAGGACGUCGGUAGCCGGAUUAGCGAUGCUUUUGAGCAACUCGACGAACGCCGCCGCAAUGAAGAUGCCAAGCUCGACCGGCUCAUUGCCCAGACGGAGGACCUUUCCAGUGCAAUCUCGUCCUUGGCCGCGUCUCAGACGCAGAUGCAGCAGGAGCUCGCCGCUCUAAAGCAACAGAUGCACGACCAAAGCCGUGAGAGGUCCUCGGCAGCCGAAGAACACGUGCGCGGCCACGCCCAUUCGCACAGUGCCGCUGGCUCCCACGGCCUGGCCAGCGGCGGUUCUCGGGAAUUGGUCAACUACCCGUCCCAGCACCAGCAGCACCAGCCGCAUCAGCAACAACAUCAGUCUCCCGCGCACCAACAGCCAGUACAAGGCCCGUACUCGCACCAACAACACCACCAGCACCAGCACCAGCACCAGCACCAGCACCAAUUUGGCAACCAGGAGGGACAGGUUGUCUUCGCGCCGCUCAGCCGGGAAGAGCGCCAGAAACUAGAGCUCGACAACCUGGUUGAGACAAUUGACGGUCUGAUGCGAUCUUCCAACUACGACGAGGCAAUGCUGCGCUGGCUGCAGUCCGGUGACAAGGCGGAAGAGAUUUUCCAACAGGUGCUCUCUAGCUACAACCCGAUCUUCGUCCAGGAUCUCCAGCCUCUUCUCUUGCUCUCCGUCGGCGCCACCGUCUCGGUUGAUCUGAGCCGCAACUCACAAAAGCUGAUGAAGAAAGUCAAUCUCUUGGAGGUCGUAGUCUAUGCAUUCAAUCAGAAUCUAGGGACCUUGGAUGAUCAAGUACGGGAGGUCACACCCAAGAUCAUGACCCUCCUGAAGACGCGGAUUGAGCAGCUCUUCCUCGAGAUCAGCCGUAUCGCGCCGCACGAUCCAGCUCUUAAGACGCUCUCCAACAUGAGUCAGGUAGCCGGGCGCGUUGCCGAGAACGUGCAAAUGCGCCACGGCCCUAUGCACGCGCCUGGUCACAUGGGCGCUCCGUACUAA